AAAACGUAUUUUCACACAAGUGAGAGUGGAUAGAGAGAUAUGGGGUUUUGCGGGUUUCCUGUAAUCUGAACCUUUUGUUUGUGUUAUUUUAGCAUUCCAACGGCCAUGGCUUCAAUUAGGAGCUUAAACAGUUGGACCGUUGAGAAUCAUCUUCAAAUCUGUUCAAAACAUCGCACAAUACAAACCCAGAAUGCAAACCAAGUAGUUGUUUCAAUACCCAUUUCAAGAAGAUCAGCAAUUCUGAUAUCUUCAUUGCCAUUUACCCUCAUUUCACUUCCCCAACACUCAGAAGCAAGAGAGAGACGCAACAGGAAGGCCGUUCCUCUUGAAGACUAUCUUACUACCCCUGAUGGAUUGAAAUACUAUGAUAUUGUUGAAGGAAAGGGUCCAGUUGCCGAAAAGGGAUCCACAGUUCAGGUGCACUUUGACUGCAUGUAUCGGGGUAUAACCGCUAUUUCAAGUCGAGAAUCUAAACUUUUAGCUGGAAAUCGUAGCAUUGCUCAGCCAUAUGAGUUCAAGGUUGGAGCUCCUCCAGGUAAAGAACGGAAGCGUGAAUUUGUGGACAACCCAAAUGGUCUUUUCUCUGCUCAAGCUGCACCAAAACCCCCGCCAGCUAUGUACUCAGUAACAGAAGGGAUGAAAGUUGGGGGGAAGAGGACUGUGAUUGUUCCUCCAGAGUUUGGCUAUGGCAAGAAAGGAAUGAAUGAGAUUCCGCCAGGAAGCACAUUUGACCUGAAUAUUGAGCUUUUAGAAGUAAUUCCUCCAGAAGGAAAGUAAAAAGCUUAAUCUGGGUGAUGAGAAAAUCAAGAUCUCAGUGGUGGUCUGCUUUUUUCACUGGGAAAAGGAUGUAGUAUCACGGCAGGACUGUUUCUAAUUGAAGAGCAUGGUUUUGUCCAAUGGUUUUUUUUAAUUGAAAUACCAUUUGUAACUUGU